ACCUACCAAUUAUACACCAUACGAAUUGGUUUUUAGGCAACAUCCCUUACGCCACUUUAAUAUAAUUGAAGAAUGGAAGCAACAUAACAUUAAUAUGGAGAAAGAUUUGCCUAAAGGUAUCAUUGAGGAUGAGGAAGGUUCUGAAAAUGAAGAUAAUAACUUAUCUGAUGAAUAUGAAGAUUUCAAUGAAAUUACUCAAAUUAAUAAUAUGGAAAGAGAUAGUGCUUCACAGUCUUUGAUAGUAGCUUCUCCAUCAAGUUCACGAUCUUCGACACCAUUUUCUGAUAUUUUUCAAGAAGAGGACAGGAAAAUUUCUUCUCGUACAACAUUGUGUACAUUGAGCAACAUAUACCUCUAUAAAGGACCGAGGAAU